AGCCCUGAGAAGAAGAGUGACAGAUGGAGCUGAUGGGAUCCACCCUGACGGCGGAGUACGCCCGGCCCAAAGCCAGCCACUUCUUCCCAGCCAUCUCCACCAUGGUGUCCUCCUACCGGAACAACCAGCCCGCCCUGGCCAUGAACCCAAGUGCCAACCAGCCCUGGAGGACUAACGCCUACUACCGCACAGGCAGCGCUGCCACCAUCCCCGCCCUCUCCUCCAUCCAGAGGGAGAACCUAGGCUUCGACCUGGUCCGGGCCAAGACCAUGUUCUACCCAUCAAACCGGUCAGCCAUGACCACCCGUUACACCCCAGACGACUGGUACAAGUCCAACCAGAGCAACUACCGUGAGUCAGAGUCGUCCAGGAACAGUGCUGAGCGGCUGAGGAGAGACACCAUCAGGCUGAUGCAGGAUAAAGAGCAGCUGACCAGGAGGACCCAGGAGACCACCAGUAAGAACAUCGGGGAACGCCUCAACGACAUCAGCUUCUGGAGGUCAGAGUUGAACCAUGAGAUAGACAACAUGGUGAGCGAGAUCAUGGCCCUCACUGAGGUGAAAAGAAGGCUGGAGAGAGCCUUGCAGGAGACCGAGGGGCCCCUGCAGGUGUCCCAGGAAUGCCUGUAUCACAGAGAGAAGCGAAUGUCCAUCGAUCUGGUUCACGACAACGUGGAGAAAGAUCUCAUAAGGGAAGUGGAAACCAUUAAGUCAUGCCAGGAGAGGAUGAGGAGACAUCUAGACAAAGCCAUCGCUCAACUAGCGUCAAACCGAGCAGCUCAGCACGAGCUGGAGAGAGACCUCAGUGAUAAGGUGACAGCCCAGAGGAUAGAUAAUAGGUGUCACCAUCUCAGGAACGCGUCAGACGGGAUCAGCUACUACAGAGGGAUCGAGAGACUGGACCCAUCGCUCUCCCUGCCCAACUCGUGGUCUAAGUUCACGGAUGACAACAUCCUUCACUCCCAGAGCGAGCGGGCGGCGUCCCACAAGCUGCGUGACGAGAUCGAGAUCCUGCUGAACGCCACGUCCAACGAGAUGUGGAAACAUUUCAACACGGUCAACGUGGCCUUCACCAACCGCAUGUCAGAGACCGCCGACGCCAAGAACAGCCUGCAGACACACCUGGCUAAGACCCUCCAGGAAAUCUUCCAGACAGAGAUGCUCAUAGAGAGCCUGAAGAAGGCUCUGAGAGACAAGGAGUGCCCCCUGAAGGUGGCCCAGACCAGGCUGGACGAGAGGACACGCAGGCCCAACGUGGAGCUCUGCAGGGACAACCCACACCACAGACUGGUGGGAGAAGUGAGGGAGAUAGAGGACACCAUCCACAAGCUGCGUGAGAGGCUGCUGGAGGCAGAGAACACCCUGCAGAAGCUGGUGAAGACCAAGGCUGCCCUGGAGCAUGACCUGUCCAUCAAGGCUAACUCCCUGUUCCUGGAUCAGGAGAAGUGCAUGGGCAUAAGGAAGAGCUUCCCCAGUACCCCACGCCUGGUGGGAUACACCUAAAGCCAUCACAUAGUACUGUACAUGUAUACCACAGGAGGUUGGUGGCAUC